CGAGGGCGGUGGAGCGCGCAGCAGCCUGUGCGCCGCCGCGACGAGGGCGGGGGACGAAAAACACCCUGUUUCCUCUCGGGCUCCCACCGCGGAUCAUGUACCAGGAUUAUCCCGGGAACUUUGACACCUCGUCCCGGGGCAGCAGCGGCUCUCCUGCGCACGCCGAGCCCUACUCCGGCGGCGGCCAGCAGAAAUUCCGGGUAGAUAUGCCUGGCUCGGGCAGUGCCUUCAUCCCCACCAUCAACGCCAUCACCACCAGCCAGGACCUGCAGUGGAUGGUGCAGCCCACGGUGAUCACUUCCAUGUCCAGCCCGUACUCCCGCUCACACCCCUACAGCCCCCUGCCGGGCCUGGCCUCCAUCCCGGGCCACAUGGCCCUCCCCAGACCCGGCGUCAUCAAGACCAUCGGCACCACUGUGGGUCGCAGGAGGAGAGACGAACAGCUAUCUCCUGAAGAAGAGGAGAAAAGACGCAUCCGCAGGGAACGGAACAAGCUGGCCGCCGCCAAGUGCCGCAACCGCCGCCGGGAGCUGACAGAGAAGCUGCAGGCGGAGACGGAGGAGCUGGAGGAGGAGAAGUCGGGGCUGCAGAAGGAGAUCGCAGAGCUGCAGAAGGAGAAGGAGAAGCUGGAGUUUAUGCUGGUGGCCCACGGGCCCGUGUGCAAGAUCAGCCCCGAGGAGCGCCACUCGCCCCCGGCCCCUGGGCUGCAGCCCCUGCGUGGAGGGGGCGGGGGUGUGGGUGCUGUGGUGGUGAAGCAGGAGCCCCUGGAAGAGGACAGCCCCUCGUCCUCAUCGGCCGGGCUCGACAAAGCCCAGCGCUCUGUCAUCAAGCCCAUCAGCAUUGCGGGGGGCUUCUACGGGGAGGAGCCCCUCCACACCCCCAUUGUGGUGACCUCCACCCCUGCCAUCACGCCAGGCACCUCGAACCUCGUCUUCACCUACCCCAGUGUCCUGGAGCAGGAGUCACCAGUGUCGCCGUCCGAGUCCUGCUCCAAGGCUCACCGCAGGAGCAGUAGCAGUGGGGACCAGUCCUCGGACUCCUUGAACUCCCCGACUCUGCUGGCUCUGUGACCCAGCCCCAGCGGGGGGCUUCCUCCAGCACUGCCUCCUUCCCAGGGACCAGCACCUUCAAGCACUCCAGGGCCGUGAGGGCAAGAGGAGGAGCCUGCCGUGGCGGCGAGCUGCCUGGCUCUGGGGAGAACCCCAGUGGGCUUUGGUGGCGAGGGGACAGAGGACCUCGGGACGAUCUAUUUGGAAGUCAAGGGACCUCCCUCCCUCAACGCAUCUUGCAAGCAAACCCCGUAUCUUGAAAAGCCUUGGAGAACGUGGAUGGGUGGACUCCGCCAUCUCUCUGGCUUCUGAAGAUCCCAAAGCUGGUCUGGACCCUUCCUGCCCCUCUGUUACAACGUUCUCUCUGCAGUGAUGGCCCCCUCCCUCGCUCCCCCCACUCCGAGCAUGCUCAGUGCUUUUGGUUUCACCUUCUUCUCGUGGUCCCCCCCCCUCCCCAUGUCAGACGUCACUCCUCCUUGGUUUUUAUCAAAUUUGCCAUGACAUUUCAUCUGGGUGGUCUGAAUAUUAAAAGCUCUUCAUUUCUGCAGACGGGACCACAGGCGACUCUUCCGCCGGGGCGGGGGAGUGACUUGUCCAGAGGGGACAGGCCAAUGUGCAAUACAGAACCUUCCCUCCCCUGACCCGGGGGGCGGGUCCCGAUCCCCUCCAGAACCACCAGCAGAUCUCCCUGAGCUCGCACACUGGUGGUGGGGGGUGCGGGGGGACGGGGGUCCGCCCCGUCUCCCAAGGCAGCUCUUGGUGGUGCUGCGAGACAGCUGGGCACAGGUUGGGUUUGCCAAAGCGCCUAAUUACCAGGCCAGGAAUAGUGCCAACGAAGCCACACGGUGUGCUAACCCGGCUUCCCUUCACCUGGUGUCUUGAGCCGAGCAGGGCGUCUCCUGUAAUUACUGCCUCCCCGUUCUGCCCCUGGACCCUUCUCUCCAGACAGGGCAGGUGUCCCUCCCUAGGAACCACGCAGCACUCCAAGUCCCUGCCCGUCCCCCUCCCUGGCUCUCAGGGUGACACCACCCACGGAGGUUUAAUGAGCAUGGGACCCUCGCAGAUUGCUGCCAGGGGGCCCCUCCCUGAGCCUCGGGAGCAUUAGCUGUGAUGGAAAGGGGAGGAGGGAGGGGGGAGGCAGGCCUUUGGAGUGGUGGUUGCCUCAGCAAGCAGCCUCAGGCCCUGUUCCUCCUGCCCCGACUGUGCACUGGUCUCAGGGAGGCUUGGGCCCUCUCUGCCCUCUGUGGUCAUCUGCUGCCUGGUGGAUCCAGUGCUGCCUCUUUUUCACUGCCUGCUUCUUCCCCUCCUCCCCACAAGUCUUCUCUUCCAGGUCUGGUCAGCAAGCUUUGAGCAGCUGGCCCAGAGCCGCUGCAAUGGCUUGUGUCCAGCUGUGGGUUGUCAGUGUGGGACCUUUCUCAGCUGCCCCUGGGCCCCAGCUCCAGCCCUGUCUCGCCACUCAGACACCUUUUCUCUGCUGGGUACAGCUCCUGCUGACCUUUCUGUCCACAUUGUCUGGGGACGCAGCUCCUGGUUAUAACUGGCCCCAGCUGGCCUGGUGCUCUGAGGGAGAUGACUCUUGGUGAUUUAGUCCUGGGGGGGGCGAUUGUAUGAUCAUUUAAAACAAUAGGUGUAUUAUUUAAAUCUGACCGGUGAGGAAUAAAUGAUCAAAUGAGACUCUGGAGCGGGCAGCAAGAGCCUCACUGGGCUGCCCCCUUACCCAGGGAAACCAUGUGCUUGGUCCUUAUGUAAUGCAUGUGACCACACACCGCACACCUGGCACACAGGUCGGCCUUUAGUACCCAUCCCAGAGCGUGGCACAUGCAAGGACAACCCCUGGAGAAGGAAGUGAAUUUUCGAAAGAAAUGAUUUCAUUCAGAAACUUAAAAUAAAACGAAUCUCCCACA